AUCCCCCCUGAAAACGGGGAACAGCCCGAGCAACCACCCUUGGAGGCCCCAGGGGCAGCUGCCCCCGGUGCUGGGCCUAGCCCAGCCGAAGAGAUGGAGACCCAAUCGCCUCACAAUGAGCCCAUCCCCACCGAGAGUGACGAGGCCUGUGGACCCCCAGAAGUCUCCAGGCCUAACUUCCAGGGCCUCAACCAGACCUUCGAGGAAGCCAGAGCAAGCGGAGGCUACAGCCCACCUCCUGAGGAAGCCAUGCCCUUCGAGGUCGAGCAGCCCAGCUUGGGAGGUUUCUGGCCUACCCAGGAGCAGCCUGGGUUCCCCAUUGGGCCCCCUGCAGGCCUCGAGGCCUUCAGCCCAGCACUCAUGGAGCCCGGAACCUUCAGGGGUGAAAGACCAGGCCUGGGAGGAUACAGUCCUCCACCAGAAGAAGCUAUGCCCUUUGAGUUUGACCAGCCUACCCAGGGAGUCUGCAGCCAACCUCUCUUGCAGGUCCCAGACCUUGCUCCGGGAGGCCCAGGUGCAAGGGUCCCUGGAGCUCCUCCAGAGGAGCCCAGAGUCCUCCAGCCUGCAAAUGCUGGCUUCAGAGGAGGAUAUAGCCCUCCCCCUGAGGAGACUAUGCCAUUUGAGCUUGAUAGAGAAGCAUUUGGGGAUGACAGCCCACCUCCCGGGCUCCCCCGAGUUAUCCCACAAGUCGUCGGUGGCAGCCAGUUCACGGCAAUCGCGGUCCCGAGUGCGGUCAGCCUCGCUCCCUCCGCAAACGCGCCACCCCUCUGGGUCCCAGGCGCCAUCGGCAGCCCAGCCGGAGAAGCUAUCAGACCUGCUUCUAACUUCGCAGUCGAUAGCCCCCCGAUGGAGAUCUCCGGACCCCCGCUCGAGAUUGGCAGCGCCCCCAUUGGGGUCGACGACGCUCCCGUCAACAUGGACAGCCCCCCAAUCGCGAAUGACGGCCCGCCCAUCGAGGUCUCCGGAGCCCCAGAUAAGAGAGAGCGAGCAGAGAGACCCCCAGUUGAGGGAGAAGCAGCCGAGAUGGAAGGAGGCUCGGCUACCGCUGCUGCGGAGGAAGGAAAAGUCCCCUCUCCAGGGGACGGAUCCCCUACCGCCUCAGCCGAUCCCGAUCCCGACAUCCGGGCAGACCCUGCCGACCCAGCGGAUCCUGACACCGGAGCAGCCCCUGCAGCCUCAGCAGAUGCAGACGCCGGGGCAGACCCUGACGCCGGGGCAGACCCUGACGCCCCAGUCGAUCCGGACGCUGGGGCAGACCCUGCCACGCCAGCAGAUCCUGAUGCCGGGGCAGACCCUGCCGUUCCAGCCGCUUCCGACACCGCCCAGGGAGCCCCAGUUGAUCCAGAUGCCGGGGGAGCCCCGGUCGCCCCAGCCGAUCAAGACGCCGGGACAGCUCCCGCCAUCCCAGCUGAAAAAGAUGCCGCCGAGGGAGCCCCAGCUGAAAAAGAUGCCGCCGAGGGAGCCCCAGCUGAAAAAGAUGCCGCCCAGGGAGCCCCAACUGAUCCAGAUGUCCAGGGAGCCCCUGUCACCCCAGCAGAUCCGGGCACCGGGGCAGCUUCUGUCGCCCCAAAAGAUCCUGGUGCCAGGAGAGUCCCUGCUGCCCCAGCAAAACCAAUCCCCAGGGCAGUCACUGCAGCCCGUAUCCCUCCUGCCGCCAGAGCAGCCGCUGCCGCCCGGGCAGCCGCUGCAGCCCGGGCAGCCACUGCCGGCUAUGUCUCAGGGGCCAGACGCAAUCUCCAUCACCUUAGACCCCCCAGCCCCGAGAUCCAGGCUGCUGACCCGCCUACUCCGCGGCCUACUCGGGCGUCUGCCUGGCAGGUUAGGGCUGAGCGUGGCCGAGGCUGCAGCAGGUACGAGGAGGAGGCAAUCGGCGACGACGAUUCCUCCAGCGAUGAGUCCGAAGAUGGGACCUCCGGCUGCUUCCAGUGGUUGCAGCGCCGAAAUCGCCGUCGCCGAAAGCCCCGGCGCAACUUACUCCGCAACUUCCUCGUGCAAGCCUUCGGAGGCUGCUUCGGUCUUUCUGAGAGUCCCCAGCCCAAAGCUGCCACGAGCCCCACCAAGGUCAAGAAGGUAUCUCUGGCAGAGAAGCGCAGACAGAUACGCAAAGAAGCCAUUGAGAUGCGCGCCCAGAAGCGCGCAGCGAAGAAACGCAGCAAGCUCAUCGACAAGCAACUUCAGGGCGAGAAGAUGGGUUACAUGUGUACACACCGCCUGCUGCUUCUAG